GGAGGAGGCCGGUAUUUAUAUGCGGGCGCCCGCACGGGAGAUCGGGUCUCCGAGGGCGAAGGCAACGACGACAGCUAUAUGGCGGCAUGCGCGGCCGUAACGGAGGAGCAGCAGGAGAAAGAGGAGGGGCGCAAACCGCCGCUGAAUCCUCAGUAGAAGAGAAGGGAGGCGAUUCCAUCGACUGGUUAGCACUUCCAUACCGGAAAGUACCACACACACAUAACUGCUGCGGGCGAGAGAUCCGAUCGAUCGUCGCAGCCGCCGAUUCCGCCCCCACGAGAUCAAGUAAACUUUUCAAUCACUUUUCCUCCAGCCACAGGUUUAAGAUGACAUCAAAAACAACUGCAUCCAUACAGAGAGUUCAAAAGCUGAAUCAUGUACGACAGGAAGGGCCAAAUUGGGUUCUUAUUGCAGGCAGUGCAUUGCUGAGCACACUAACAGUAAGUCUAGGAUGUAAGCUCAAGAAGGCCUUUCAGAUAAGAAGACAAGAUACUGCCCACAAAGAUGUCCACACAGAAUAUAGAAAAUCUGCGUCCAAGAAAAGCUCAGGCGCAUGCCAAUUGCAUUCAAGUCUUUAUCACUUUAAUCAGGAUGAGGAAGUAUGUUGCUACUGUCUCUCAGGUACUUCAGAAGGCAGAGUGGAUGUCAAGCAACCCAAAAAUCCAGUGGCACACGAGGCAGAUGUCUCCCUUACACUGGUAGAAAUCCCUGCAGCAGAACAAAAUAAAGAUGUUGGAAGUGUGAUGUGGAUAUCAUCGCCUGAUCGUCUUGAGAUGCCCAGGAAGCCAUUGCACCACUCAAACAGCUCAGGCUCCCCUUGCAUCUCAGAAUCUGGAUCUGAUAUCUAUAGCAAGAGAGAGGUGAUCCAAAAACUACGCCAACAGCUCAAGAGACGGGAUGAAAUGAUCAUGGAAAUGCAGGCCCAGAUAACAGACCUUCAGAAUUCUCUGAACAUUCAAUUGUCCCAAUCGGCACAUCUGCAGGCUCAACUAGAUUGCACUGGCAGAGACUUGUUUAAUUCUGAAAGAGAGAUCCAGCAGCUAAGAAAGGUCAUUGCUGACCAUUGUGUUGCAGAGGUGGUCUCGCCUGAGAAACCCAUAGAGGCAAGACAAUGGCAUCACGAGGCUACAAAUGGGUUCAUGAACGGGUAUCCUGACAAUGUUGAUGGCAUGGAAGUAAACUGUGUUGGAGCAGAGAAAGCAAAAGCAGAGAGAGAGAGGAUCGAGAUGUUGAAGAGAGAAGUGCAGGAGUUGAAGGAAGUAAUAGAUGGGAAGGAUUUCUUGCUCCAGAGCUACAAGGAGCAGAAAACUGAGCUAUGCUCAAAGAUCAAGGAGUUGCAGCUAAAACUUGCUUCACAAGUACCAAACAUCUUGUAGGGCCCUUCCUAAGAUUAGUAACCUUUUUUUUCACUUAAAAUUUUGUUUUUGUUGCGCUGUUCUUCUUUCUCUACGGGAACUCCAUGUUUGUAUAUAGUUUUUGGCGUGGGUUUGGUUGGCUUAUCAUGUGUGCAACCUUUACAAGUUAAUUGCAAGUUUUCAAAGCAGUGCAUUUAUUUCUUUUUCA